CUGCUUUUUAUUGGAUUCUCCCUAAUCCCUACCAAACGAAACCAACCAUCGCCUUUUCCCCGGCUUCGAUUCGUUAAGGAAAGCAGCGGAGUCGUCGUCUUCAUCUUCGGUACUCGCGCGCGCCAGCUCACUCCCUCCCUCCCCACCAGAUCUCCCCGUCUUCCUCCCUCCCCCCAUUCAGAUCUCUCCCCAUCCCCGAGCUCGGAUCCCCGAAGGGGGCGCCGCCAUGGGUAUCGUGUUCACGCGGCUCUUCUCGUCGGUCUUUGGCAACCGCGAGGCCCGCAUCCUCGUCCUCGGUCUCGACAAUGCUGGCAAGACCACCAUACUCUAUCGGCUGCAGAUGGGGGAGGUCGUCUCUACGAUCCCAACGAUUGGGUUCAACGUGGAGACGGUACAGUAUAACAACAUCAAGUUCCAAGUCUGGGAUCUCGGUGGUCAAACAAGCAUCAGGCCAUACUGGAGGUGCUACUUUCCAAACACCCAAGCUAUCAUAUACGUUGUUGAUUCAAGUGAUACGGAUAGGCUUGUAACGGCAAAGGAAGAAUUCCAUGCCAUCCUUGAGGAGGACGAGCUAAAAGGUGCAGUUGUCCUUGUAUAUGCAAAUAAACAGGAUCUUCCAAGUGCACUCGAUGAUGCUGCCAUAGCAGAGUCAUUAGAACUCCACAAGAUUAAGAGCCGCCAAUGGGCGAUUUUUAAAACAUCCGCCAUAAAAGGAGAGGGCCUUUUUGAAGGUUUGGACUGGCUCAGUAACGCACUCAAAUCCGGAAGCAGCUAAUGUAGGAGCCGCCCCCAUGCCCUGAAUCAUUGGUGCUGGAUAGUAAAAAAAAUAGUCAGUGCUAUCAUUUUCCUCGCAAGUCAGCGCGACAAUCCCAUUCACUUGUUUUAACUCCUAAGUUUUACGCCAUCAAUUAUCUGUAAAGUGCUUGCUAAAGGUUCCGGAUACAACAUUAGAUGUGCCUCCAUAUUGAGAUCAAGAAUAGGUUUGUAGAAAUAUGAUGAGUAAACUAUCGGGACUCGGCAACCGUGUCUUUGCCCGUAAAUCCCUUGGACUGUGACAUUUUUUCCAAUUAUUAAAAUCACCACAUUUCUCCCU